AUGGUAGCAGCUGCAGCGGUGCGCGACAAGCGUCGUACGUCAUCGCGUUCCGGGUCUGGCCGACGCCUGUCCGCCACGACAAAGACGACCCACCCCAUCGCGCCUUGGGUGCUGGAGUAUCAAGGCUCAGCGUCCAGUGCCGCAUUCCCCAUGAGCGCCGACGAAGGUCCUGACCAGAACGGCUUUGUCUUCCUCAACGCCGACGACACCGAGGCGGAACGCGCAAAGACGCGGAAACGCGAACUCUCCUCGCUCCUAAUCAUGAGCAUUGUCUAUGUCACCUUCCGGGUUCGACGGAUUGUCCCCACGUCGCCGUCGUCACCUCAUGUGCCGCUGGCGCCGAUCACACCGCAGCCCAAACGGUCGGGGUCUCUCCCGACAGAGGCCAAGUCGGAGCGGUCGCGAAAGACGAGUAUGCCAGCAGCCCGCUCGUCGGGGUCGCCGCGAUCGGGGACACUGAGCCUCGAAGACGACGCCCCCGUUGGUGUAGGCGGACACGGCUGUGUCUGGGGCACAGAGGACCGAGAGUACCGCGAAUGCCUCGACGACGGAGCUCUAUUCGCGCUCCUCCUCGCACCUCUGACGGCAGCGUCCAUGCUCCAUGGUUCAUUGACGCGUCUCAAGUCUGAGCCUGGCUCGGCCGUGUUACCAGGCUGGGUCAUCGAAGCGCCAUUGGUCAUUCCCACCACACCCAUCCGUCGCAUCUCUGCCAGUGUGCCCAGCACAUCGACCGAGGCUAUCCGCGCACUAUCUGCCCUGGCCAUCUCACGCCGUAACCUCGUCCAGCUCUUCACCCUUCUCUCGUUUGUUCUCCUUAUCCACCUCACAUGGUCAUUGCGCAAGGAAGUGAUCCUCGCCAAGGCGUCCGGGAGGACCCCGUCGUCUCCCAACGCCCUCCAGACCGAGACUGAGAGCGACGCACGAGCCACGCCGACGUACUGGCUGCGGCGCGGUGAGCUGCGGCGCAACUUGUCCGUCAUCGGGUUCUCGUUCCUCGUCACUGGCUUUUCAGUUAUUUUCAAGAUUGUCACCGCCUAUGUCGGGCAUGGCGUUUGGAGCGGUUAG